GAUUUGGGCCAAUAGCCCACUACUUUGGUGUUCUAAGGAUGAUAGAAAUGUAAGGGACCAAUAUGUAAAUAUAACAUCUCUAUUUAUAAGCCUAACCUAUCCACCGUCUCCCUCUUCGGUCGCGGCCACGGUUUUGCGGAGGGCGACUCCAAUGGGGAAGGGAACCGGGAGCUUCGGGAAACGGAGGAACAAGACCCACACCCUCUGCGUCCGCUGCGGUCGCCGCAGCUUCCACCUCCAGAAGAGCCGCUGCGGUGCCUGCGGCUACCCUUCUAGCCGGAUCCGCAAAUAUAACUGGAGCGUCAAGGCGAUCCGGAGGAAGACGACGGGAACCGGUACUCAAGCGGCUCCUAGGAAGAAGGCCGUGGCUGACGCUUAAUUUUAAUGUGCGGGGAAGAGUGAGCUUUUCGUUUAUGAUAUUGUGCUUCUACUGCAAUAUCUAGAUAUCUGUUUUGGAUGCUGGAAAUGGGUUCUUUAGAUCUCUUUUUAUGAGAACUUCAUUGGAAAUAUUGUGUUGUGAAAUCAAAGUAUUGUCUUUGGAAUUUUA